CGAUACAGCUGGAUGUGGAAAAAAGGCUCAGCUUCAAGGCCGCAUCAUCACUUGAAACGCCGGAGCCAAAGCCGCCGCCGCCGCCUUCUCUCGCUGUUGCUACUCUGGGUCCUCCAGUCCCUCUACGUCGUAGCCAUGACCAAUCAUCUACUCGUCCUAUCAACAGGCCAGCACGUGGGAAAGACGACGCUCAGUCUCGGCCUCGUGAAGACUUUACAGGCCAAAUUCCAGGGCACGAACAAGCUCGUGGCCUAUUGUAAACCCGUGGGGCAGCAACACGUGCCGGUGGGCGACAAUCUGCGCGUGGACAAGGACGCAUACCUUUUCAAGGAGCACUUCGGACUGAUACAGCACUACAAGGACAUGUCACCCGUCAUCUUCCCUGAUGGCUUCACACGCGACUUCAUCGACGGGAAAGUUACGUCCCAGCAGCUCAUGGAUUCCAUCAGAGCCGCACACAGAAACUUGUACGAUCAGAGCGAUUUCGUCAUCUGUGAAGGAACGGGGCACACUGGUGUGGGCUCCAUCUGCGAGCUUAAUAAUGCACAGGUUGCAGCGGAGCUCAAGAUUGAUGCAGUUUGCGUGGCGUUGGGUGGACUCGGCUCCUCCUUUGAUCAGCUGGCCAUGAACCGAGAGAUGUUGAAGCAAAACAACGUUCGGCUUCGAGGCGUAGUGCUCAACAAAGUCAAUCCGAAGAAGAUGGACAUGAUCCAGGACUACUACUCACGAGCAUUGAAGCGCUGGGAUGUCCCGCUGGUAGGCUGCAUCCCCGAUCUGAAGGACCUAUCGUGCCCGACUAUGGCUGACUACGCUAAACUGCUAAAAUCGGAUCUCAUCUCUGGUACGUACGCUAGUACUGUUGAUAUUCCAUUAUCACAGGAGCCCACGCGUGCUUGUUUGCAGGCAAGGAUGCCAGUCUGCGUUAUUUCAGUAGCACGCGACUAGCGCUGGCCCCAGUGGACGGCACGAACCUCUUCAAGGCCAUCCCGAACCAGCUUGUCAUCACGGUAAGAUCUACCAACUGUCUUCUUCACGGUUUACCAAUUGCCUCACUCCAAUUUAUUGGUAUCUGCAGCAUAGCGGUCGUAAGGAUGUGAUCGACGCCAUCAUCGGCAACCAGGAGGCAUCCAGUUCUCACGGCACGAAUCUCAAGUCUGGUCUCAUUCUUACCGGAUGGAACCCGCCUACUGCUUGGCUCGCUCAGCGUCUGGAUGCCGAUAACAUCCCGUGCAUCUACGUCUCGCCGGACAAAGCAGAUAGCUACACGAUCACGGCUCGGAUCGCGCAGUUCACGGCCAAAAUCCGACGUGAAGACGUCGAGCGGAUAGAUCUGGCAGCAGACCACGUCUCCAAGCACUGCGACUUCAGCUUCCUCGAAGGGUAAGAGAGUCUUGACUCUGCAACUUGUACAUUUUGCAGAACAUUCAUAUGGCAAACGACCACUACAAAACACGAGAAAAAAACAUACACACAAACUCCACAUACGAAAACAAGCGACACACUCAAAAAAAAAAGCAACGCGCUCUCUCCUGUUGCCUUG